GUGCUCUGAAUUCCUAGCCACCUGAUGCUUUAGUCCUAGUGACCUCCCUCCAAGGCACCAAACUCUAACCAUAGGUUUGUCCCUUCCGCGCCCAAAUAUGGUUUCGAAUGCUCUUAUCAAUAUACUCAUAAAUCGACUCAGGGAGCAAAAUAGCCUACAUAGAAUAUACUAGAAGCGAAGUUAAGCCAGAUUUAGCUAAGCAUAGCCGCCGCCCCGCCCUGUUCAAGAGUUUAUGCUUCCAAGAGGCCAAGUGAAAGUUAACUUUGUAAAUAAUAUGCGCAAAGCUCUCCUUAAUGGCCCUUCCUUUCAGAAGAUGCAGUCUAAGAGUGGCGCAGAUUUUGUAUGUAGCAGCAAAUUUGCCCUACUGCUCUAUUCCCGCCGGAGAUACGGUCGAAGGAGAAGUCCAGAAGCGUGCGGAGCGCCCCCAUUGCCGGUGUCUGUUCUGUUCCGUUGGUGUUUCCGGUUUGCCGAUUUGACCGCUUCACUGGUGGGGUCAGACACCAGUGGUUGACCUUUGGUUAUAGAAUUAUGAGCAAAGCUACCUGAAAGCAUAGUUUAAGGCUGUAUUCUUUUUAAACUGUAAACAAGCUACCUUGGAGGUACUAUGGAGACUAAGAAGUGCAAGUUUUGGCUUCCCAACAAAAACAGAUUUUGUGCUAACUCCUCUCUCACUGGUUCCUUAUUCUGUGGCAAUCACAACUCAAGGUCCCCUGGCCAGUGGAUUCCGUGCCCCAUAGAUCCAUCCCACUCAGUUCUGGAGCAAAAUCUCAAAGGACAUGUUAAGCGGUGCCCUUUGCUGAAACAGGCACAGUCCUUGUCCGUCCAACCUUUCUAUCAAAAAGGUAUCAAUGCUGGUUCUGAUGGAGAACAAGAGGAGGAAGAAUCAGGGGUUGAUGAUUCAAGAUUGCCCACUGCGACUAUUUCUUCAGAAAUGAAGAGGAAGGCUCUUCAUAGCAUGAGUGUGCCUGAGUUUUGCACUCUGAUUGAGAAGAUCGAAUCUUUUCACGACUCGUUGUGUAAGGAUGUUCAGGAAUCGGUUCAGAUGCCUGAGGUUUGCAGGCUCUGGAUAAAAAGAGGAGUAGAAGAUAGGAAAUUGCCAUUUCAGGAGAAACAUAUUACUCAGCAGGCCUCUAUUCUGGGGAAUUUGGAACGUUUUGGUGUAUUGAAGAAUUCUCUUGGAAGGAAAACAUCCAAGUGUGAGGAACCAGUUGAGGGGAAGGAGGAUGGUGUCCCUGCAGUGAUUGAGUUUGGAGCUGGUAGAGGGUAUUUAACACAAAUGCUUGCAGAUUGUUAUGGAAUCAAUAGAGUCUUUCUGGUCGAGCGGAAGGCAUACAAGUUGAAGGCUGAUCGAUCCUUGCGGCAGAAUGAGAGCAUGAUGUUAGAGCGCUUGAGAAUUGACAUUGAAGAUUUAAAUUUAAAUGCGGUUGAGUCUAUGCAAGGAGUUCCGUUCGUGGCCAUUGGUAAACAUCUAUGUGGAGCUGCAACUGACUUGACUUUGAGAUGCUGCUUUCCUGAAUACAGAAAAGAUAGUAGUGAACAGGACACUGCUAGUGCUAAUGGUAAUUUUGAAGGUUUAGCUAUAGCAACAUGCUGUCACCAUCUUUGCCAGUGGAAACAUUAUACAAAUAAAAGGUUCUUUUUAGAUUUGGGGAUGACGAAGGAAGAAUUUCAUGCCGUUACAUGGUUUACCAGCUGGGCUGUUGAUGAUAAUCAUGGUUCAGAUCUUUCUAAUACAACUAAUUGUACAUCACAUUUGCAAUCAAUCAGAAAGGAGCAAGGUGAUGGAGAUUCAAAUGGAGUUGAAAAAAUUCUCUCAGACAUGGAAGCAGCUGAACGAGCAGCACUGGGAUUUAAGUGCAAGUGGAUUAUUGACAUGGGGAGGUUGAUUUGGUUAAGAGAACGUGGAUUUGAUGCACAGCUUGUCAGAUAUGUUCCCCCAAGCAUUUCUCCUGAAAAUCAUUUGCUAAUAGCUAGACCUUCACAUUGAAGAAAAUACUUAUUUCCUUCUCAUCUUUUUUUAUUUUUUCUUUUAUACCUUGUGACAAUAUGUUUAAUUUCUUGUUAGGUUUUUAUGUUAAAUUUCUUGUUAGGUUGGUAUGUUUAAUGUUCUUUUUGAUAUAUUUUAUAAAAUGAAAUACCACAUGACAUUACCAUCGUAUUACCCUGGGGAUUAGGAUUGAAUCAUUUCUCAUAUUAUUUAUUCUCUUCUA